UUGGAUUCAUCUAGUUACUCACUUUUGUGCAGUGGUUGUUAGAGAGACGUCUUUCUCUUCCACAUGGAGCUUCAAUCUGGCACCAACAAUGGCGAAACCCAAACCUCUAACCUCGAAUACAUCGACGACAGCACGUGCUCCACUCCUUACGUCAGCGCCCCUUCCAGCCCCGGCCGCCGCGGCGGAGGUGAACCACCCAUCUCCGGCUUCUUCUACAGCGCCCCCACCAGUCCACUGCACUUCGCCAUAACCGCCGCUGCUUCCUCCUCCUCCUCCUUCCAGAACCCCUUUUCUUCAACUUCUUCCUCAGAGUUUGAAUUCUCUGCCCGGUUCGGCUUUACCGGGUUCGGCGCUCCCGGUUCGAUGAGCUCGGCUGAUGAGCUGUUCUUGAACGGCCAGAUCCGACCCAUGAAGCUUUCGACCCACCUGGAGCGUCCCCAACUGCUCGAUCUGGAAGAAGAAGAAGGAGAAGAAGAAACAGAGGUACGGGGUAGAGAUUUGAGGUUGCGUGCUAAGUCUGUAAGGAGAAGAACCAGAUCUCUGUCUCCUCUGAGAAACACGCAUUUGCAGUGGACAGAGAAUGAAAAGACCAGCAAAAUCGAGGUAGAAGAAGAAGAAGAGGAAGAGGAGAAUGUGGAUGAUGAAGUGGGUUUGGAGAAAACUCAUUCAGCUUUAGCUUCUUCUUCGAGGUGUUCUUCAGCUGGGAGAAGCUCAAAGAGGUGGGUUUUCUUGAAGGAUUUUCUCAGAAGCAAGAGUGAAGGAAGGAGCAACAACAAGUUCUGGUCCACCAUUUCCUUCUCCCCCACCAAAGAAAAGAAAGCCGUGAGCCAAAAUCAGGGAAAUGGGUCUUCUUCUAUGCAGAAAUCCAAGGGAAGUUCACAAGCUUUUUCUAAGAAAUUGACCGGAAAACCCUCCAACGGCGUCGCCGGAAAGAGGCGUGUGCCGCCGGCGUCGGCGCAUGAGUUGCAUUAUAAAGCGAACAGAGCACAAGCAGAGGAGUUGAGGAAGAAGACAUUUCUGCCUUAUAGACAAGGUCUGCUUGGGUGCUUGGGAUUUACUUCCAAGAGUUAUGGUGCUAUGAAUGGUUUUGCUAGAGCCUUAAACCCUGUCUCUUCCAGGUAAAGUUUCCAAUCGGAGAUUUCUGGGGGUUUCAUGAACAAAAAAUGUACAGAGCAUCAUUGUCAUUGUCACUAUUAUUUCUUGUAUCAUUUUGCAAUUAUGUAGUGCAGUGUAGAAGCUUUACGAUCACCACCUCAUGUAUAAAAUGGUGGCUAUAUGUUUGGUUGAAGAUGAUAAUAGUCUUCUCUAUUCCACUUAAGGUCCUUUUUCUCAUUGACCAUGUAGACGAUGAGAAACUUUAUGUACAAUAUGUCAAGUGUUCUUAGUUUUCUUUCUAAAUCCAUUU